AUGGUGGUCUCUGAGGAGGUGGACUCCUCGCUUGUUCCCGAGAAAAUCACCAAGAUCUGCUGUAUCGGUGCCGGGUAUGUGGGUGGCCCUACGUGCUCUGUGCUCGCGCAGCAGUGCCCCGACAUUACGGUCACGAUCGUGGACGUGAACCCCCAUCGGAUCGCCGCGUGGAACUCGGAUGACCUGUCCCAGCUCCCCGUCUUUGAGCCUGGUCUUGCGGACGUCGUCGGCGAGUGCCGCGGCCGUAACCUCUUCUUUACGACCGACAUUGACCGCGCGAUCGACGAGGCGCAGAUCGUGUUUGUGAGUGUGAACACGCCGACCAAGACAUCGGGUAUCGGCAGCGGCUUUGCGGCCGACUUGCGGUACGUCGAGGCGUCUACGCGCCGCAUCGCGUCCAUCGCCAAGUCGCCCAAGAUCAUCGUCGAAAAGUCGACCGUGCCGUGCCGCACGGCCGCAUCCAUGCGGGCGAUUCUCGAGUCGAACAGCAAGCCCGGCGUCGCUUUCCAGAUCCUGUCGAACCCCGAGUUCCUCUCGGAAGGCACUGCACUGCAGGACCUGCUCAAGCCCGACCGCGUGCUGAUCGGCAGCCUCAACACGCCGCAAGGCAACCGCGCCGCGGAGCUGCUCAGCGGGGUGUACCAGCACUGGGUGCCGGAGGAACGCGUUAUUCGCACGGGCCUCUGGAGUAGCGAGCUGACAAAGCUCGCGGCAAAUGCGCUGCUCGCCCAGCGCAUCUCAUCAAUCAACGCCAUUGCUGCGAUCUGCGAGGCGACCGGCGCAAACGUCGACGAAGUCGCGCACGCCGCCGGCGUCGACCGCCGCAUCGGUCCCCACUUUUUGCGCGCAAGCGUCGGCUUCGGCGGCAGCUGCUUCCAAAAAGAUAUCCUCAACCUAGUCUACCUGAGCGGCAGCCUCGGCCUGCCCGAGGUCGCCGAAUACUGGAACCAAGUGAUCGUCAUGAACGAGUUCUCCAAGUCGCGUUUCGCGAAAAAUGUGGUCCGCACCCUGUUCAACACAGUGACCGCCAAGCGCCUGGCGAUCCUGGGCUUUGCUUUCAAAAAGGACACGGGCGACACGCGCGAGUCCCCUGCGAUCACCCUGUGCAAGCACUUCCGCCAGGAGGGCGCCUACAUUGCCAUCUACGACCCCAAGGUCAAGCGCGAGCAGGUCAUGCUCGACCUCACCGAGCCGGGCGUCGUCGACGACCGCAAGGCGGUCGAGGAGAGCGUCUCGGUCUGCCCGAGCGUCCUCGACGCGUGCCACGAGGCCGAGGCCGUGGUCAUCGCGACGGACUGGGAUGAAUUUGCGACGAUCGACUGGUCGCUCGUGCACAACAUUAUGCGCAAGCCUGCCGUGGUCUUUGACGGCCGCCGCGUCGUCGACGCGCCAAAGCUGCGCGAGAUCGGUUUCCGCGUGCACGCCGUCGGCGUCGGCCCCGAGCUGCAGGACAAUGUCUGGGUGUAG